AUGGCGACAUGCGCAUGCAUGUUUGUGAGCGCUUGCGUGUUGACGUGCGUGGCGUACAACGUGGACACAUGGUUUCCACUCAUCAAAAUGGGAGAAAACGGGAGUUUCUUUGGACUCUCGGUCGCUUUGCAUUUGAACCUCAAGUCACACACGUACCUCCUAUUGGUUGGAGCUCCCAGGGAGAGGGCCGAGCCCGGGGUCCCGGCCAAUCGAACAGGGGCCGUGUACAGCUGCCCGAUCAACGCUGACCGAUCGGAUUGCGUGAGGCUGUCGCUCAUCAAGCCAGACUUGGACCCCUCCGAGGACCUGGUUGAAGACAUGUGGCUGGGCGUGUCACUGGCCAGUCAGGAGGCUCCUGGGGGGCGUGUCCUGGCGUGCGGUCAUCGAUUUGUGAAGGUUUACGGUGCGUCCAAACUCCGACACAUGAUCGGUCGCUGCUAUCUCCGCGGCAGCGACCUGCGCUAUGAUGACACCGACGAACGGUGGCGGGCGCCCGAGCAGGUGUGCAGUCACCUAGGUGAUGUGAGCGGCGAGGUCAUGUGUAACUCAGGCAUGUCCGCUUCCAUCUUCCGCCACGACGUUGUCAUUGGAUCACCAGGAAGUUACCAAUGGCAAGGAAACGUCCAUGUGACGUGGAGCAAUCCUCACGUUCUUUUCGACACCAGGAGGAGCUCCUUCCCAAACCUGCAGCGUAGAAACAUCUACUUAGGGUAUUCAGUUACGCAGGCUGCCGGCCUUCUUUCCAGGGAUGAAGUCACCAUCGUGGCAGGUGCCCCGAAGGACACCAAGGAGGAUGCUCGCGGUUCCGUGAUGCUUGCAGUCAAAUACAGCAGUGGCGGGCUGUCUGUCCUGCAGACCCUGCGAGGGGAGCAGACAGGCUCGUACUUUGGGAACGCCAUAGCCGCUGCUGACCUGGACAACGACGGGUGGUGUGACCUGCUGGUUGGCGCGCCAUUCUACUUCCAACGGAGGCAGGAAGCAGGCGGGGCCGUGUACGUGUAUGUAAAUGAGGGGGGUUAUUUCCGUUCAGCUCCCACAUCGGUGCUGAAGGGGCCACCAGCGUCGGCAUUUGGGAUGGCCGUCGCCCAUGCCGGGGACCUUGACGGCGAUGGCUUCCAGGACUUUGCGGUGGGUGCUCCAUUCCACGGAACAGGAAGUGUGAUGAUCUGGCGUGGGAGCAGCGCCGGUGUCACCACAGAACCUAGUCAGGUGAUCAGUGGUAGCAGUUUGUCUCCCCGUUUUUCCACUUUGGGGUUCUCCCUCUCGGGCGGAGUGGACGUGGAUGGCAACAGACUUCCAGACCUUUUGAUUGGCUCUCUGGACGACACCGUCAUCCUGCUCAGGUCUCGUCCAGUGAUGGAGCUCAACAAAACCAUCCGUGUAUCUCCAAAUAUCGUGGACCCCAAAGCUUGUGACUUUUGUAUUGAGGUGGAGGUGUGUUUCUGGUACACGUGGCGCACCCGUGAGAUUCCCCAGCAACACAACAUCACCGUCCUGUUCACCGUGGCCGCUGAUAUCAGCAGCCUGAAGCCCCGACUACGUUUCCGCAGCAAUGGCCAGAACACUUACUUGGGCUCACUGCUGGUUCCACGACGUCGCUGCAGAACUCUUCGUGUCGGACUGGUGACUCCAGUCCGGAAUCAUGUGGAGGCAUUGGUGUUCUCGCUGAACGUGUCUUUACAUCAGAUGAUGCCAGAGAACAGAGACCCCCUCCAGGACCUUAUGGCCUUCCCCGUGCUGAGUCAAACGCCGCGACCCAUCAGGACGCAGGUCCACAUCCAGAAGGCAUGCGGUUUCGAUAAUCGUUGCCACAGUAACCUACAGAUGGUAGCCCACUUCACUGAUGCCAGGCAGCAGCCACUGAGCACGCGGUCUGGCCGUCAGAUAUGGUUCUAUGAGGGCGGCACUGAGCGUCUUCUGCUGCAGGUCAACGUCAGCAACACGGCAGAGGACGCUCACUUGGCCACUCUCAAUGUUAGCGUCCCACCCGCGCUGGUCUACUCGGGAGUCCGCACUAAGGGUGGUGUCCAGGAAGUCCAAUGUUCUGUGGAAGGUUCCAUGGUUCUGUGUGAGCUGGGAAACCCAUUCAAAAGCAACGAGAUGGUUGAAGUGUGGCUAAUUUAUGAGCCUUCAGAAAUCAGAUGGGACACUCAAGAGAUGGAGACACUGCUCCAGAUGUCCACGCUCAGUGAGCAAAUGGACCUGGGUCCAGUCUCUCUGUCCUUGACUGUCAACUACUCAGUGGAUAUGUCCCUCACGUUGACACGUCAGCCGGGUCCCGUCCCCUACAGUGGUGACGUGCUGGGCGAGUCAGCUAUGAGAACCACGGAGGACGUAGGCCCUCUGCUCAUUUUCACCUUACAGGUGUAUGUGGGCGGGAUGCAGGUCGACCGCCAGGACGACCUAGAGUUGGUUUUCGAUUGGCCAAGCGAACUGUCCAAUGGAAAGCGACUUCUUUACCUGACGGAGAUUUCUCUGAACGGAACUGCCAAAGCGCAAUGCCUUCCGCCGGGUGACAUUGUCAACCCUCUCCGCCUAAAGAUGUCGAGAGAGGAGAGCAUGGGAAGGAAGAGGCGGAGUCCGUUCCAGGAAGAGGAAGUGAGGACGGUCAAGAGGGCGGGACUCGGCUCACUUGUCCAUCACUUGAAGGCUGAGGACGAAAGAUCUCAUAUCUUGGACUGCAUGAACGGUGGUGCCAAGUGCGUGCACUUUGCGUGUCGGCUGUCACACGUGAAGAAGAGUGCAAGCGUGACACUACAUGCACGACUGUGGAAGGCCACUAUGUUAGAGCACUACAUGGACGCCAGGGCCAUGCUUAUCCGGGGUUGGGCCACUCUCAGACUGGGCUCCCACAUCGCCACAGAGGCCCCCAGUACUCAGCUGGAGGUACACGUUUACCCCGACCUGAUGGGGCGGGCCAACAGUGGGGUCUCCUUUUGGACAAUUGUGGCGGCAGUCCUGGUUGGACUGGCCCUACUAGCUCUGAUUUGUGUGUUGCUGUGGAAGUGUGGCUUCUUCACACGUGAGAAAGCGUGGCAAGCGGCGGCACAGCACCAGGGUCGGCUGGUGGCGGCGGCAGAGCGGCACACUUGCCAGGAUGCCAUCUUGGCUGAAACGCCUAGCAAACCCAGACCCUGGCGCACGUGGGUUGCUGUGAACGGAUGUGUGAUGGAAACGCCACGGCAAUUUGGGACUCUCUAG